CAGUCAGCCGACAGUCACCCCACAGUCAUGACGUCCCUGGUGAUUGUUGCCGCCCUGGCCACCUCCUGCUUUGUGGCCACAAGCGCUGAGCCUUCCCCAGUUGCUGAGCCUGGCUACUUAGGGGGAUUCGGUCGUGGUUUCGGAGGCUUUGGGGGAGGAUACGGCGGCUUCGGUGGAGGUUAUGGAGGAUACGGAGCCUUCUAUCGUGGAAAGAGGAGCGCUGAACCUGAAGCUGAGCCGGAAGCUGAGCCCGGUUAUCUAGGUGGCUUCAGAGGCUUUGGAGGCUUCGGUGGAGGAUAUGGAGGCUAUGGUGGAGGUUAUGGAGGCUAUGGUGGAGGUUAUGGAGGAUACGGAGGCUUCUAUCGUGGAAAGAGGAGCGCUGAGCCUGAAGCUGAGCCUGGUUACCUAGGCGGCUUCAGAGGUUUUGGAGGCUUCGGGGGAGGAUAUGGAGGCUAUGGUGGAGGUUAUGGAGGCUAUGGUGGAGGUUAUGGAGGACACGGAGGCUUCUAUCGUGGAAAGAGGAGCGCUAAGCCUGAAGCUAAUCCCGGUUACCUUGGCGGCUUUGGACGCUUCGGCGGAGGCUUUGGAGGGGGCUACGGAGGCUACGGGGGCUACGGAGGCUAUGGAUACUAUGGUUGAACAUCAGCAACUGUCUGCUGACUUACUGUGAUUGAGAUUUAAAAUGUAAAAUAUAUAAAUUAAAAGACGACAAAUUUUC